UUCAAAUUAUGGCUACAGAAGUUCUAAAAUCAAUUGAUCAGGAAGUUACAGAAGCCAAAUACUAUUCAAUAAGCGUAGACUCCACACCAGAUAUAACGCAUACCGAUCAACUGGCUUUUAUUACUCGCUAUAAUAAAGAAGACGGAAAACCAGUGGAAAGAUUUUUAGGAUUUAUACCAAAUCCGGGACACAAGGCUGAAGACCUUUAUAACGCUGUUAUUAAAAUGAUGGAGGAGCAUAAUUUCAAUUUUGCGAAUUGUAGAGGUCAAUCCUAUGACAAUGCGGCAAAUAUGUCAGGAAUAUAUAAUGGACUGCAAGCAAAAAUAAAAGAAAUCUCUCCUUUGGCAUAUUGGAUCCCAUGCGCGGCUCAUUCGCUGAACCUCGUCGGAGAACACGCUGCUGGAUCGUGUAAGGCAUCUCGGGAUUUUUUCUCACUUCUUCAGGAUAUUUACGUUUUCUUCUCAAUCUCGACUGCUCGCUGGGGGAUACUAAUGAAACAUCUGACUGGCCCUUCAGUGAAACGAUUAUCUACAACUCGCUGGUCGGCGAGAUAUGAAGCUUGCAACAGCAUGAACCAAAACUGGAAAGAAGUUGUCGCAGCUUUGAGUGAAAUUGAUGAGCGGGACAGGUCUAAGACUGGGAGUGGAGCAAAAGGAUUGAAAAUCAAGCUAACAUCUCUGGAAACCGCAAUAAUGUUCGCUGUAUGGAGUCCAAUUUUGGAAAGAUUUGAUAAAGUGAGCGAAGCAAUACAGAAAGUUGGCAUUGGUAUAGAUGAAGUAGUUUUGAAUUAUGAGUCAUUGGUUGAUUAUAUCUUAGGAUUAAGAGAUCAAUUUGAUCGAUUUGAGAAAAAGCGAAGAUCAGUUCUGGAUUUGAGAAAUAUCGAAGUGAAGAAAGAAGAGCCACAACAAGAACUGUUCCUGCUGAUGAAACUCGAGUGGGACAUACUGCUUUGAGUGGGAGGGAAAACUUCAGAGUAGGGGUUUAUCUUGUUAUAAUUGACUAUCUAACAUUCUAACAAGAGAAUUGAAUCAAUGUAAAAAUUGCUACAAGGGUUUUGCUGCGAAAUUCUCCUUUUUAUUAAAACUGCAAUCGAUUAGUUCUGAAGAAUUAGGAGUAGCGGUUACUAAUCUCAUCUCUAGUUUUCCUCAGGAUUUAGAUGAAAAACUCCACGAUGAAUGUUUGCACUUCAAAUCCUACUUAGGACAGUUAGAACAACCUCCAAAAACUCUACACGAGAUGAGUACCUUCAUUAGAAGUGAUAAAAGCUUAGUGCAAGUGUUUCCCUACAUCGAUAUUACAAUUAGAAUGUUUUUAUGCACUUUUGCAACGAACUGUUCAGCAGAGAGGUCGUUUUCAGCAUUGAAGCGAAUUUUAUCCUAUUUGCGAUCUAGCAUGUCUCAAGAGCGUUUGAAUUCUCUGGCCGUUUUGUGCAUUGAAGCUGAAUUGUUGAAAAAAUUAGACUUCGAAGCUGUGUUGCAACAAUUUGCGGAAAAGAAGGCAAGAAGAAAACCAUUAUUAGUUUGAUUAUGAAAGCUGUAAUUUUUUACUAUGAAAUAUAACUCUGAAACAUUA